UGCUGGCUUUGACACACUAACAGUUUGCCAGAUGAGUCCUGCAGGCUCUGGACUCUCCACUAUCUGAUGCCUGGCAGGUAAGACAGGACGGGACUUGCUCUCUAGGCGGGGCUUCAACUUUGGGGACUUUGCUCGAAAAACGACAUCCAACAGUUUUUUCAUUCUCCCCGUCUCUCUCUCUGCUGACGCUGCAGCCACCCGGCUCUCUGGGAUCUGAACUUGUAGGAAUAAAAGCUGCGGUGCAAAGAACCGAUCUGCAUCCAGACGGCGGCAUUAUGUUCCUGUUUAAGUUUAUAUGCGCGCUUAUUACUAGAAGUUUGUUUAUCCUGGUGUCUCUGACCGGCGUGUGGAGGGUGACAUGGGUGAAGAAGGAUCCCAACUACUGGUUCCUCACUUUCCUCUUUCUGCCGCUGGUCAUUGAAAUGAUAAUAACACUGAAGAGGAGAAAGGGACAAGACUACAAAUGGUUUUCUCCUCCUAUCUUUCUGUUCCUCAUCAGUAUCAUUCCCUCCAUCUGGCUCCUGGAGCUCCACCACCAGCAGGACAAAGCCAGCGACCCUCAGUGCAAAAGGCUCGACUCUUGGGAGAAUGUGCGGGAGCUGAUCACUCUGAAUGAAACCGUGGGAAACCUCACAACCCAGAACUACCUGAAGAGUAUUAACCAGUUGUUAUCGACCGUCUGUUCCAACGACUGGAUCCUGGCUCUUCAUCAGAUCCUGCUCAUCCUCCUCAUCGUGGGGAAGUGGCUCCUCCCACUGGGAGGUGGAGUCACACGUGACGAGCUCUCGCAGCUUCUCCUAAUUUUUGUUGGCACUGCGGCAGACAUCCUGGAAUUUACCAGUGAGACGCUGUCAGAUGUCAAAGAGAACAGCCCUGAGCUGGUCUACAUCAUCUUAGCCGUAUGGACUUGGAGCAUGUUGCAGUUCCCCCUACAUCUGGCCGUGGUGAACUCCAAGCCAAACAGUGAGGGAGAGGAGGGGUCCCAGGAGGUUUCCCUCUUAGCCAAGCGCAGCACGGACAUGUGGAGCAUCGUGGAGGCCUUGUUCAUCCAGGACGGGCCUUUCCUGGUGGUCCGGCUCACCGUCAUGACUUACUUCAACGUCUUCCACCAGAUGCUGGGGUUCUUUGCCAUCAAAAACUUCCUGGUGGUCAUACUGAACUUGUACAGGUUGGCGAUUAUAUGCCAGCACUUCAGCAGCAGCAGAACCAGCAGGGACAGCACCAUCCCGUGUGCUUGACGACUCAUCUCACGGAGGGAAGAUAGGAAUCAGGGAGAUGGAUGGUUACACCCUAAAAACUGAAACAGGAGCAGGAAAACAAGGAAAUGCUUGCUUCUGUUUUCUUCUCACGGUGUACUCAACGCCGUGGGAUCAAGCGAUUGUGAAUAAUUAAUGCUGCUGGGAGCAGAAAACUGUGAACAACCAUUGUCUUACACUUUCAAGGGGAUGCUAAGUUCAUAUUCCACACUUGACUCAUGUUGAAGCUCAUACUUCACCUCACUGACAUCCCACUCCCUGUGGAGCUAACCUCGCUGUUAGCUCAGUUAAAACACCUCCAUUUAUUCAGUAUUUAAAUGUGACUAUGUGUGCACACACACACGGGCUGAGACCUGGUUUUAGUCAUGUAUAAAGUGGCCUUAUUGUUCAGGUUGUAACUGGUUUGACCUUAAAAAAGGGGACACAGAGGGAAAGCAGGAAGCAGAGCAGAACAGGAAAAAGGUGUGGGGGGUUCAAGUGAAAAAUGCCACAUGCAAACAGAUAAUGUACGUUAUGUUAGCACAAUAAGGCAACGAAAGUAGUCCCAAAGCACCUACGGUAACUGAGGCCAGGCUACUGUUUGGAUAAGGAUCGGACAGAUUUCUAACAGUGAUGGCGAUUUGUUGAGCGGACGUGAAGAACAGGAAGACAGAGACAAAGAUAUAUUAGACGACAUAAAGGGCUGUGAAGUGUUGACUCGAGCUGAGAACGAUGGAGAGCAAUUUCCCUGUCUUAACCCUGACAGGAAGUUAAGACUGAGUGUGAAAACAUCUUAUAGUACUUUGAUAAAACCACUGUGUUAACACUGGAGAAGGAAGUGUCCAUGAAUUCUGAUUGUUUUUGACAUUUGAAUGGGAGAUUAUUUUUCCAAGCUUUGAUUGAUGUCUUUUUAUAUCUCUUGUGUAACUGUCCUUUAAAGGGUCAGUUCACCCCAAAAUUUUAAGUGCAUAUUUUUCCUCUUACCUAUUUAUCAAGCCAGAUUGUUUUGGUGUGAGUUGCCGAGUGUUGGAGAUAUCAGCUGUAGAGAUGUCUGCCUUCUCUCCGGUAUAACAGAGAUAUAUAUCAGCAACUCACACAAAAACAGUCUGGACUGAUGAAUAGCACGACAGGUGAGAGGUGAUAUUUUAUCUGGGGGUGAACUGUCCCUUUAACAAAAGACAAAAUAUGCCAUUUACAGGUUAAAAAAAAAAAUCAAAAUGAUUCCCUCCUUACUGUUACUGUCGGUCGGCUUUGACUGGCUAGAAACUGCAAUAUCUUUAAAAGUUACCGAAGACACAUAAAAUUGCACUCAGGUUAUCGACUCAGUUUGAGUUGUGUGUGUGUUUCAUACCUUUUAAAACCAAUGAUUAUUGUAGGCUUUAUAAUGCCAAAGAAUCAGUAUUUUAACUCCCUGAUUUAUGUGAAGAUGUUUAGAAGACAACCUCAGCACAAACUGUGCAUUUUGUCAUUGUUUUUGAUAUUAUCUUUUGUAUUGUUUGUCCCUGGAGUAGCAUUUUGUCUCCAGGGCCAUCCAAGUGCUAUAUUUACCAUUGAAUAAUCACUUUUAUAUGUUAAUAAGGCUCAGGCUGACUGAGCCCAAAUAAAACAAUCCAAACCUGUCAGUGUC